AUGAUGCACAUCCCCGAUUCUUGGCUUGAAUACGGUUUUGAAUUUUCAAACCUACUGGGACCUACAGAAAAUUUUAUAAUUGAACAGUGCACUAGAUCCGAUAAUGACAUUUUACUGCCCAACCUCUGCAAUGGCUAUAUCGGCAUGGACCUCACCACACCAUGGCUUUUCUUAGAUGGAAUUUAUUCAGGAACGGGAUCUGAUAGCCAUCGUGCUUCCAUUCCAUCUCCUGUUUGUUGGCUUCCAGAAGUUGAAGGGAUGACUUGCCUUCGUAGAUACACCCUGUUUCAUUUCGGCAUGGGUGUUUGUCUUGACGUUCAAACGUUCAACGGUUUCGACCUCUACACAUCGACCUUCGUGAGCAGGGCCAGACCGCACCUUAUUGUGCGUUGUGUGGAAGCCGUUUUCCUUGAAAGUCACACUACAAGUGUGGUCUUUAAGCCGAAUCGGAAGGUGGACUGGGAGACGCCGGAUUUUGCCACAACUGUCAAAGAAGCUAACGCGAGAUCAUACUUUACGGGCCAGGUCUACCAGAUGGAAGACGCACACUUAUUGCCACACAUGGACAGUGUUUACAUGAUCUCUCAAGUAGUGUCUGAUUUCAAUGUGAACGGUAUUUUACUAACCCGAUCAAGACCAUCGGUAACCUUCUUGACCACACUCAGUCGAUGCGGUCAUUCUGAUGCAUUGGAGGCUUUUGAGUCAGCUUUGAGCGUACAAUUGUCGUCACCGGUUGGUCUGCUAACUGAAAAUGCCGAGGCCUGGCUGCGUACUUGGUCCGCCGGUCGCAUUGUCCUAACCACGGACUCCCCGGCGACGCACGGUAGAAACGAAAACUGGGAGGUGCUCGUGAACAAAUCUGGUGAUAGUGACAGUGUCACCAGCUGCGAACUUCCACAGUCCACGGGCGAAGGUGUCCGUAGUGCGUUCUCGCUGUCGCGGUGUCUCAUAGCUGCGCAGUAUGCUUUGCUCGCGUCCUUCCCUGACGUCAUUCCCGACUACCUGAUGAUACCUCAGGGGGAAGGCUCCGCACAGCCUCUGAAGUGCGGAUUCUUUGGGCUAAGUCCCUCAGGAUUGGGCCGCGGCAGCAACGAACAAGACUACCAGGGUCACGUGUUUUGGGACAUGGAUAUUUGGAUGCUUCCCGAGGCAUUCCGCAAUGCCGGAGAAGGGGGAGGAGGAGGCUGGAUUGGCGUAGUCGUUGUUGAACUCGGCAUUCACGGAGUGUGUUUGGUGGCUUUAGAUGUGAUGCCGCCUGACGAGUUCUGUGCGCGGUGCGACAACUCGGCGUACACGAAUGCGGCGGCGUUGACCGCUGCUCUCGCCGGUCCAGCGAGGAUGUCGCGUCUCUUUCGACGCGACGUCACGGCCUCGCAGAAGGCGUGGGAGGAUCUGUCGCGCUAG